CCGGGGGUUCCUCUUUUGCUCUCUACCCUGCGGAAUGGACGUUUUCGAGCUCUGCGGACGUCUGUAUGCAGUGCUGCUCCUCUGCCAGUGUCUCCUGCAAAGACUAGUCCACUCCAAAGACGAAAGCUGCAAGUACAAGUUGGAGCCCCUGUGGACUGCAUCGCUGCGAGACUCUCCGCUGGCUGCCACGCCCACUUUCUUCGACGUGGACGGAGACGGCUACGGAGACAUAGUGGCUCCGUCGUUCUCAGGGGAGGUGUGGUCUGUUCACGGAGAGAGUGGUCACAUUGUGGACAACUGGCCUUUCUAUCUGGAGGAGAGGGCUUUUCACUCCAGCCCUUUAGUAUAUGAUGUGAACAAGGAUGGAGUACUCGAGUUUUUGCUGGCAACAUCAGACGGUGAAAUCGUGUUUCUGCACACCAACAAUUCCUUACUUCACGGAGAGACAAUCAAGAUAGCACCUCUGAAGGUGAGACGAGAGUGGUACAAACUGGACAAAGAGUACAUCGACAAGAUUGCUCAUGAACUCGGCAAACAGCUCGGGGACUCAGAAAGACUCAGAAUAGGGGCGGGGAACGAAGGGGGGCGAGAAAACAGGCCCCCUGCGGCAGACAAGGGCCCCUCGAAUCUCCACCAGCACUCGGAGGCUUUCUCAGAGUUUGAGAGUCGCUACGGGCUCCACGCGGACCCCCUCUAUUCCCGCCACCAGAGAGAGAAAUUCCUCCUGGGUCUUUCCCCGGGGGAUGUGCACAAUGUGUUCGUCGAACCACAUAUUCUGGCCACGCCCACUCUGGCCGAUACGAAUGGAGACGGGAAUUUUAACGAACUUGUUGUCCCCGUAUCGUACUAUUUCGACCCGUUUUACUACGGGGACCCCCACAAUCUGGGGAAGUUAGGGGGGCUGGAUUCGGGGGAACUGGUGCAUUUCGUUGCCGGGGGUGUAGUCGUUAUUGAUUUAAGUAUAGGGGCAGUGGUAGGGCAGAAAGUUCUCGGGUUGACUGAAGCUACUGACAGCCAACCUGCCUACAUGUUAUCUUCUCCAACUGUCGUUAGGAUGUUUCCGGAUGUGGGUGGAGCCGUCAUCAUCACCGCCACGGCAACGGGCGAGGUAAACAUGUUGGAAGCUGAGAGUCUGGAAUCGGUAUCAGGAUUUCCGGUACGUCUCGAUUCCGUGUCGGCCAGUGUUGCAGUCGCAGAUCUGUUCAAGGACGGAGUGCUGGAACUGGUUGUCGGGGACAACAGUGGAAAUAUUUACUGCAUUGACUCUCGCGGGAAGAGAAGGUGGGAAUUU